UUACAGAAUAGGUAGAGUUCUAUAGGUUUUGUAGUUUGUAAGUUCAAUCCAACUCUGUAACCAAUAUUUUUUUUUUAUACAUUUUCCUCGAUCGUUAAAACGAUGGAUAACCAUCACGUCGAUGGUGUUGGGAGGCUUACACUGGUAGCACAAGGCGCAUUAGACGAAGUUUCUGCAGAUAUUAAUGUUGGCGUGAGAAGAUCGGCGGCUUUAGAUUCACCAGUAACAUUUGAUGAAGCACAGAACGAGUCUGGAACUGGAAUAUAUCAAAAUGUAUUAUUGGUAGCAUGUGGUUUAGUGAAUAUGUCGUGUGCUAUAUCUACGACAGCCGUAUCAUUUAUUUCGCCUGCGGCUGGAGAAGACUUCGAUUUAAAUUCAACUACCAAAGGAAUAUUAAAUGGAGCUCCGUUUCUCGGAAUGGUAUUAGGAGCAUAUUUCUGGGGUAUUUUAGGUGAUUUAAAAGGAAGGCGACUUGUUAUCUUGGGAUCAAUGGGAAUGGAUGCAUUAUUAACUAUAUUUUCUUCCUUGGUACAGCAUGUUGGAUUGUUUUUCAUACUCAGAAUAGGGAAUGGAUUUGCGAUUAUUGGUGCUACGUGCAUGGUUUAUGUGUACUUGGGUGAAUUUUUAACACUUUCCAAAAGAGACAGUUAUCUACUUUUUCUUGAAUUAUUUUGGGCUAUUGGAAUGAUUGCUGGACCAGGUUUAGCUAUGGUGAUAAUUCCCAGCAAUAUUGUUUUAAUUUCAUCUGUAUAUUUCAAAUUUAAUGCUUGGAGAAUUUUCAUACUUUUGACGUCAAUACCAAGUUUAAUUUCAUUUAUAUUGAUUUACCAAUAUCCAGAAACACCGAGGUUUUUAAUGUUUCGAGGUUAUUUAAUGAAGUCCAGAGAAGUUCUUGAACACAUUUAUUUAGUAAACAAUAAACAUGCAACUGAACCGUAUUCGGUGCAAAUUUUCACUCAAACCCAUUCAGCAGUUUGGUUUGAUACAGGAUUUAUUGGAGGCAUACCGUUCAUGACAAAUGUUAAAAGAAGAUUAAUUGUCCUAAAAAAUGGUCAUGUAACGCUAUUCUCUAAAUAUUUCAGAAACAUCAUGGUGGCUUGUACUGUAGAAUUUUGUUUAAUGGCAUCAUAUAUAACUAUUCUUGUAUGGGUACCUGAAUUGUUUUCUAGAUACUCUAAUUACAAACAACAAAAUAAAGAUGGUGUAAAUUUAUGUGCAGCAUCAGAAUGGCACUUAAAUAAUAAUCCCGUGUUACCUGGACAAACUGUUUCAAAAGAUGCUUACUUAGCUGCUUUAAUUGUGGCAUGUUCUACAAUACCUCUAGUACUUAUAACUGGGAUCAUAAUUAAAUAUGUUGACAAAAAAAAAUUGCUUUUUAUGGCUUGUGGAGUUCCAGUUAUAUUUGCAUUACUGGUUCCAAUAACCCAAAAUGAUCUACAAGCAGAACUAAUGUGUUGCGUUUUCGAAGGAUUUACUGCAUUAACAGAACCCAUUAUAUUUUGCACUAUUGUUGAACUAUUUCCUGGUAAUGUGAGGGGAGUGGCAUUUUCAAUGAUUGUGAUGACUGGUCGAUUAGGUGCUAUAUUCGGAAUAAUUGUUGUCGGUAUAUUGAUAGAUAAAAGUUGUCUGAUGACAUUUUAUCUUCUAGCAUUGUUAGUAUUAAUUGCAUUUAUAGCAGUGGCAUUUUUACCCAAACUAAAAAUUGGUGGCAGCCAUUAGGAAAUAUUAACCUAUACUUAUAAUUUUUGAUUAAACAUAAAAUAAAUUAAUAUUGCAAUUAUUGAUGUGGACUUUUUUUAAAAAUCAAUUUAUACUAUAAUAUACUUAAUAUUAAAAAAAAAAAACAAAUUCACAAAAAGUUUACUUUCAACUCUACAUAUUUUGACAGCCAUACUUGUUUAGAAUUGUUUAGUAGUGACGGUUAAGGUUAACCUUUUGUCAAAGUAUAAAUAGUAAAAUAAAAGUAAACAUUUUAUGGAUUUUAGUCUUUUAUUUAACACAAUUGAGCAAAAUAAGUUGCAAACUCAUAUUAAAUUAACAUUAGUGUCAUGAAGUCAUGCCAUAUUGCCAUUAUUUAUUAGUCAUGGAAAACUAAAUGACAAUAUUUGGUAAUGCAUAUUUAAUAUACUAAUAUGUAUAUU